AUGUCAAAGAUAUCGAAGGAUAAAAAUAUACACCCUACUUUAUCUAGUCAUCUUAUCCGAUUAUCCAGCAUAUCUCCAUUUACAUGGCAAAUCUUUGAAAAUCUUCUUAUGAAUGAUCUGUUUAUGGGAAAAAUUGAAACUCCGCCAUCAUCUUUCAGUAAUGAAGUUAACCAACAAAAUCAAACAAUUUUAUUACUUCAAAAAGAACGUCAACAGCUCUUUGAUUUAUGCCUUUACGAUGAUAGAAUUAUUUCUCUAUUGGAAAAAUGGAAAAAAAACAUUAAAGAUAUUGCUUUGAAAUCAAUUCCCAAUAAAAAAGGAAGUCUUUGGAUGACUGUGUGGGUUUCUCACUUGGAGAUUAGCCUGAAUAACUACCUAUGUUCUGGCAUUUGGUUCUCAGAAUUUCAAGAAAUUAUUUCCCAAAAUCAUUCUGCUACACGAAGACUAGUUGCCUACUUCCUAAUCCACGAAGUGAUAGAAGAAACAUUUAAGGAAAAUUUUCGUAAAAAUAAAAACAUACAAGAACAUGCAGACCCUACCUUGAUUCCUAAAGUUAUUACUUUGAACCAGGCAGAAUCACUAAAAUUUUCUUAUAUUAUUGGUUGGGUACUCUUCAAAUUGCUCAAAAGAGAUCACGUAAUGAAUUCCCAUCCAAAAUUUCAAGUUAUGCAUACUUUACUUAAAGCUCACUGCGAAGAAAAGGUUGAAUAUAUGCCAGAAACAAAAUCACAGAUCACUAACAUUAUACCUAGACCCGAAUUUACUCAGUUCAUGUAUUAUUUGGAAUCUUUAAUAAUUGAACUGUUCGAGAAACAUAAUGAAUUAGGAUCAAAUAUCCUGUGUUAUGUGAAAAAUAGUCUUCUUGCUAACUUAUCUCUAAAUCAAAUGUUUAUUACAACAUUGAAAUCAAAUAAUAUUACUGGUGUUGAAUUAGAAGAUGAAUAA